AGUUCGUACGCGAGGUACUGAGGAAGAAGAAGAAAGCUCUUCUGGCGGUGGCGAGAGGCAGGCAGAUAGAGAUGGGCAGUGAGUUUGGAUAUGCGUACAGUUACGAUUUGCAGAUGGAUGAUGAGAUAAUGAAACCAGAUGAACUCCCUGAGUUUGAGCUGAGAAAGAGAUUUCACACCAGGGAUUCCAAAUACUUUUUCUUCAAGUUCAGAACCCAGUUCAUUGUGGAAGAAGAACAAGGGGGUGCUCAUGCGUUCGUGGGUUAGGAAACAUUCCACGCGUGCUUCUCCAAUGAGGCUAGAAGUGACCGUAUUCUUUUUUUGCUGAUGGGCAGCAGGCUGUUUGUGGAGUACUGGAUGAUGCCACACGAUGCAAUUAGUCUGUGUGCUUCUGCAGUGGACUUUGCCAGAAAGAUGGGGGCCGAUCGCCCCCAUCUAGAUGUUAUCCCUGUUUUUGUGGAGAUUAAGGUUUCCACUGUGCAGCAGGCUGGGGAGCCCAUUGCCCUCACCCUUGAGAGGGCAAUCCGGCCAGAACGCUUGUGCCCGUUGUACACCAACGUGUUCACCAUGCUGCCUCCCGUGGACCCCUCGCUCCUAUUGCACGUGAGGAGUCUGCCCAGGAUUAGAGUGGAACGUGUGGAGCAGGGGUCGGCUCUCAUGGAUUUGUGCGACAUUUGCUCGCGCGGUCCGACCGUUGGGGAUCAGAUAUCCAAUCUCAAAUGCGGGCAUGCUUUUCAUUCUCACUGUGUUGUGAGAUGGCUGGUGCGUAGCAAUCUGUGUCCCACCUGCGAUGCCCAAGAACACAAUCUUCGGAUUCCCAAAGUGAAUGCCCCUGCAGAGGAGUCUCUGGCUAGCCUCUCGGUUUCAUAAGCUUCCUUUCUAUUUAUUAUUAAGCUAUAAAUAUUAAUAUUAACAUUAUUAUAUGGCUAUAUUCAUCCCCUUUUAUAUGAAAUGAAGUAGAAAGGUUGCCCUUAAUCUUUAGAAAAGGAGUUGUCUUCUGAUUUCUUAUAAAUGGGGUUGCAUUUG